CCUCAACCCGCCCCCGCCCGCCCCGAAACAGGCACCUCCUCGGUGGAAAAUGUGAUCUCCGCGUCGGAGGCCGGCGAAUCGGACCGGUUUCUGGGCGAGUUCGCGCAGAACAUUGGGGAACAGGCGUUAGAGUAUGGUUUGUUUACCCGAAUUGAGAAGGAGCGGAUUCUCGGGUUGGUUUCGAGUCGAAGGACUGUGAGCAAGGACCAAGAUGCAGGUGGAAAUAAAGAUACCACGAAUAAGACCGUGAGAAUCGAAGGAGACGAUGAUGAGAACAACAGAGAAGACAAUCUGGCCAAUGAUCUCAACGAAGACUCGCCUCGCAGCGACGACCGCCGGUCAAUGCCUUUGUUCGCCCGGGGGAUUUACAGUGGCAUGCACGCCGACGAUUUGGCGGAACUUAGGCGUGAGGAGGAGGAAUAUUUGAAAAAGAAGGAAGCCGAGGAGAAGCGGAAAUUGGAGGAGAAGCUGCGGCAAAACGCGCAGAUGCUCGCCGAUUUGGAAGCGGAGAUGAGCGACAUGCUGACCGGUUCCUCCGACUACGACAAUGACAGUUCACCAACUAAUGGUACCAAUAUCCAAUCCGAGGCGCACCGUGCCGCGAAGGAGCGGAAGAGGCAGAGAAAGAAAAAAGAGUUGGAGGAGGCGCAAAGACAGGCGGAAUUGCUCGAACAGGAACGGCUGAAGCAGGAGCGGUUGACCGAGAUCGCGGCGUCCGCGAGUAAGAUGGAAGCGGAACUGAAUUUGUUGGAGGAAAACAUUCUAUGGCGGCAGUACGCCAGGAAUUUGCUCGCGGAGGAGGACGAGAUCGCGGCGUUGGUUAAGAAGGGAAGGAACACGAACAACCGGAAGAACAUUAUGGGAAAGAACCGUCGUGACCCCAGUUCCAUGGCCCAGAUCCCAGACAAGGAAAUCGCAAGUCUGGCGGAGCAAUACAAGCUGCUUCCGAAGGUGGUAGAAGAGGAGGCUGGCGAGGAAGAAGAAGAAGGGCAGGCUCUCGGUGCAGAAACAGGCAUGAUUACAGCAGCUGCGUCCGCAGUAGACGCCGAUGUUCAGAAUCAGCAACAAGCUGGUCGUGCUGACGCAGACGCCGAAAUCGCCGCUCCCGAGCAUGAUAACGCUGACCAGCUUGCCAAGCCAGCCUUUAACCAUCUGCUCAACCGCAUCACCGAGCUGGAACCCAUCGCGUCCCCUUUCUCACAGCUGCUUAGGCGCGAGCGGUUGGGGCGGCAGUGGGGACAGGCAGAGGUACUAAACGAAAAUGCUGGCGAUGAUGCUGACGAAACGAACAUUCACCAUCGGUGGAACCUCCUCGGACGGCAAGUCCCUUUGAGCCCCCACGCGAUCACGUACGACUUGGAGGAAGUGGAUCUGUUUCUGCAGAAAACGGAACUCGAUGAAGAGGAGCAGGAACAAAAACGCCUCCAACAGCAGCAGAAAGAGCUGGAUGAACUCCGGGAAAGACAGAAGAUUUCCAGGCAGAAACUCGAGGAAGAGGAUGUCGGCGGGUUUUUGGCGUUUCAGAGAGGCGGAACCAGCAUGGGAGACAAAGCGGUGAUGGAAAGGGAGAGAAACCAGAAGGAAAAGGGUCACAGCGGGUUGACGAAGGAUGAUAAGCGCAUGAGCGAGCAUUUGAGAACCGAUUUGCUGAACAACGAGAAGAAAAAACCGCCAGGGAGUUACAAAAUCACGAACGACGUCGGCGCACACGGGGAAAAAAUCAUCCACGUACACCACCACAUUUCUAUGCCGCCUUACAAACGAUUGUACAACAAACCAUCGCCGAAUGACAAAAACGCGAAUGUGCACUUCGUGGACAGUUUGGAUCGGGACGCGACGGAGGAGGAAAAAAUCCACCGGAAGAUCGACAGCCUGGCAAGCGAAAUUUUGUCCACGACACCGAGGAAGGAAUUGUUCCCAACUCUGGAGCGGCGCGACCACUCCGCGUCUGAACUUCCCUCCUUCGCCACGCUGCGCCGCGUCCCAGUGUUGCAGCCGAACGGAGCGUAUGUGACGGAGGUCGGGCCAGAUCCGUCGUUGGAAGUGUUGAUGCCGAAAGGGAAAAUAGUUGAAAACAGUCCGCAGUUGAUGCACCAGCAGGAGAUUUACCACACUCCGGAGGAAACUUUGACGGAAAUCAAAGUCGAUAGAAGUUUUAAGAACCACGAGCAGCAGGGCCACGACAAUGAAGAUCUCGGUUCGUCCCGGCAGGAAAUUGUGCACACGCCACUGACGAAACGCAACUUGAAUGCACUGCCAACGGCGGUGUCGCCGGUUCUUGCUGGUAGUCCAUCCGGAGGUACAACACGCCAUGUUCGAGUUGUCGAAGACGGAAGUAUCAAAACUUCUCCACCAGUUGGAGCUGCUGCAGGAGCCGUGUCUACGUCUACUCGGAAUCAUGGCAAUCCGUCUUCUACCAAGAUGACCAGCAAGAAGAAAAAACACCUCGAACAUCACUCCGACCGCGAACCCGCCCCCGUCGGAGUUCGGAUGCAGGGGCAGACUUUGUAUUCCCAACUGGAAAAAGCCAUGAUGGAGGCGGACCUGGCCGCACCGGUCAUGGCGGACUUUACUGGAUAUCUCAAACUUCAGUACCCGGGUUCCGGCCCGCAGGGCGCGCGGUUAGCGGCGGUGGAAAACGCAAAGAGAAGAAUCGCGCACCAGAAGCGUGGCGAGUGGGAGAUGAAUCGGUUGGGAAUGUAUUGGACGCCCGAUGGGGACGUGGCCAAGAUCAAAAUCCCCCGCGAAACCUUCGACAUCGACACCGGGGUGCGGAACGACCCCUGGCGGUACAGCAAUAAAGUGGUCGUCCAAAAGGAGCGACUCAUGCACGACGCGCGGUCUUCCGGCGUGAACGUACGGAAAUCCGGCGGGAUCAACGCCCCGAGGUCGGAGUUGGAAAUGGGUGCGGACAAAGUGGAUCUGUCCACCGAGGGGGCGCAACUGACACUGAAAAACGCGGAGGCCAAGCACUUCAUCGGGAAGAUCGGGCGCGGGACCAUCGACGGGACGCAGUACGACAUGACGCACCCCUAUCCCGAGGUAGCGGAACUGACCGCGCAGGGUCAGACCAACUUCUUCUACGACCGGCCUCCAACCGUGGAAAGGUGGAAAGCGGCGGACGCGUUCUUCAUUCAACUAUUAAAAAACAAAUUAGAGGAUCAAGAGGACGAGGAAGAAGAGGGAACUACGACCGCUAGCGAGCCGCGGACGCCGAAGGGGAACAACAACAAGGAUAAAAAUUUUUCCGGCACAGCAGGAGGCCCGAACAAGAGUGCAGUCAGCCCUCGCGCAGCUGGAGAUUCUGAUUCUGCUGCCCCUGCUGCUGCGUCGAAGAACACAACGACGACUAAUGUGGUCGUGAGCACAACUGGUGGAAAAAAUAAUGUGAAACAGUGGAAGGCCCUGAACGUGGCUUGUGACUACCUGCGGAACUACCUCUACGUCGAAUCAGUAGCAGAAGUGCAGGUGUGCAGCGAGGUGGCGAAAUUCUACUUGAAGAAGCAGCUCUUCCCCGAGGCGACGGAGGAAGCCGAGUUUAUCAAAAAGCUCGCGGAGCAGGAGGUUUUAUCGUCCUCUAUGGCCGAAUUCACCGACGAUGUAGAUGAGGAGGCGCUGGAGCUGGAAACGAUCUUAGAAGACGAGUACGUCGUUUUAGAGGACACGACGGAGGGACUGGCUGAAGCUGCGGUGGAGCAGGACCUUGACGGCGACGCUGAGACGCGGAAUAAGGGAGUUUCGGUUCAAGAGCUGGAGGAACACCAGCAAGCUACAACUCCGGAAUACAAGCCGAAGAAGCCGAAGAAGAUCCGUGACAAGUCAGGAAAGCUGCGUUCUGCGCGGUUAACCGGUUACACGGACACCGCCGCGAGGUGGCGGUUCACGAGCGACUCGAACGCGAUGAGCGUGCGGCAGCGCGCAGAGGGCCGGAUGAAGAUCGUGAAGCUGAAGGACCGCAAGGCCGAGCUGGCGAUUGUCGCGGCGAAACGGAAGGCAGGCGGGAAGAAAUCGGCGUCCCAGUACAUAGCGAGUGUGCGGAAACGGAUUGUUGGUUUAGAUUUGGGGAAUUCUCAAAUGGUCAAUUCCCGCUCCUCGGUCGCGAAGGAGGUGAAAGCGUACUUCAAACAGGUGGUGGAACAGUCCAAAACCCCCUACGGAGCCGAGGAGUUCUGCCGCAUCACGUUGGAGGAAGCCGUGAGAAUCGCUUUUUCUAGCCGCUACGGGACAUUACAACAUGUCUACACGCGGUUGUGCCGCUACACCGGCGGGGGCACGAUGCAGCGGAUUGUGCCGCGGAAGGAUUUGCUGCACGGCACGAACAUCCGGACCAUUCCCAUCAUAUGCAUUGCAAAUAUGUCUGGGUCUGGAAGGAUGCGUACUUUUGAUGCGCAUUUCCCAACACAGACAAAUCUCUCAAGCAUAGGAGGCAAAAAGUGCCCAUUUCCUGUUACCAAAAUGAGGGAUUCGCCAUGCAGAUUAAGCAAUACUGAAGCUUCUCGAAAUCUGUGACGCUAGGGCUUACAUGACAGACAUUUUGUGUCAUCAUGCAAAAGCAGCAUGACAAAAAUCUGCAUUCUUCCAGACCCAGACAUUUUUGCAUUUGAUAGAUCACGCUGGACGGCGAGAUGCACUCGAAGAAGCUGCUCCAGGGGCCCUUUUCCCGGCCGAACGAAGCGAGUUGGAAGUUGGCCGCGUGGUACCCGAAGAAGCACGCCGAGCUGCGGCGAGACACUAAGCGGGACGUGGUGACCGCCCGCCACGGCCGGAACUGGGGGUACAACUUCGUGGGAGGGAGGUUAAAACUGCGCAACCCGCAGCCGGGGAUCACGGAACGGACCAUGCAGCAGCACAAACUCACCCGGAAGCGCGCGAAACAGUAUUUGGCGAAGCACGGGCCGGCGCUGGGGAAGCGGAAGUUGAAGCGGUUCGAGCCCUGCUUCAAGUUCAACAACCCGAUUAAUCUCCACAUUGGCGACGAGCACGGCGAACUGGGCGGGCAGCGCGCGCGGUUGCGGAGUAAGAGCAAGUGGUGUGGUCUCGGGCAUUUCGCCCGGCCGCUGUACAAUGAGUGCGGGGAGCUCCCCUUGUACGGGUGGAAGCAGGAAUUCAAAUCUGCGAAGCGCGAGUCCAGCUACCCGCUUGGCCGCGUUUUAAACCCGCCCAGCGCCGCGGCCGCCUGGGGGGCGAAAAAGGACGAAAUUCUGCGGUACCAAGACCUGUUGAUCGAAAAAAGGGCGAUGGUGGCGGGGGUCACGACGGUCGUGGAGACCAAGUCGCCGCAGAUCAACAGGUUAAAUCUGAAACGCUUCUUCAACGACGAGCACAUCGAUACCUUCCAGUCCUUUGGUCUCCCGUUCGACAUGUUUUUCGAUUCUCUUGACCGGGAGGGGAGAGGCGUCAUCGAUUUGCAAAUUCUUCUCGGGUAUUCCGACCCGUCCACGUUGGAGUGGAAGAUCGAGUCCCAGAUGGCGACUCGGAUGAAGAAAACGGGCGGGUUCAAGCAGCUGGGGAAGAGAUUGGGCCAGGCGCAGACGCCGAAAUCAGCGAGCGCUGGAGCAGCUGCAGCUCCUGGAUCAUCUGCAGUGCCGAAAGCUGGACCCGGUUCUAAUAUGAAGAAGACCACCCUGGUCGUCGGCAGUCCCGGGGGCGCGACGUCCAGCGCGCCUUCGACAGGGAAGAACAAUAUUGUCCAGUUGGGUGACCACAGCGCGGCCUCUUCCCCCGGCGGCGCAGCAACCUCCGCGACCAGUCCGUUUGGCGGCACCACGGAGUCCGCGCUAGAGGGAACGUUAACGCUCUCGUUCGGCGCCAGCACCAGCCUCUCCUUAGUGAACCCGAUGGGGCACAAAUUCAACCCAACAAGGCACAACUCCUUCGGAAACCAGAUGGCAGACGAGAUGCGCAACCUCGCGGACGCCAUGCGUGAUUUCGACGAAAGGAAGAAACAAGAAGAGGAGGAAAACGAAGAGACGCUGCAGCAACUGGUCGAGGACGAGCUACCGAAAUUCCUGGUCCGCCAAAGUUUAACAGACAGUGGCAUGGUGCAGGCGGUGUUCCGGUUCCGCGACUUAUUUGUCCAAUUUUACCUGCCCUUCCGCGCCCGGAAGCCGGCGGGGAUUGAACAAACCGUACCAAACAGCGUGAUUGGCAGCUUCUCGCCCGAUUCCGUGAUCCCCAGUUCCGCGUUCCGCAACGCGUUACCCUCGGUACACAACCUGUUCUUUCCGGAUUUGGUACAGAACAUCUGGCAGGAAGCGCGAGAGCGGUAUUUGGACCGGGGUGACAAAGCGACCAUGAAGCUCGGGUUGGUCUCCGACGCCGAUCUCGCGGGGUUACUGUUUUUCCGGACACUGUCCGAACGGAAUCGCGGGAUUCACGGCACGGUGAUCGAGCAGGGGCGGGACCUCGCGACGUUGCACUUCUUAGAUCGUCCGCAGGAGGUGAAGCACGUGAUGCCGUUUGAAACGGUGUUGGAGCACUUGACUACCAACGCACAAAACCACCCGAACCCCGGGCAGUACUUGCAGGAGAAUUUUGACGCCGCGAUCGGGACGACAAGUUUGAUGGAGUCGAUUAGUUAUGUAAUGCAAAAGCAUCGUACAACUAGUAUAAAUGGCAUUACAAAUUGGCUUAGCAUUACAACAAAUGAAAUGUGUAAUGCGGAUUUGCCUUAACAAGAAGAUUUGUAAUGCAUAAAUGCCAUUAGUACGAGGACGAUACUUUUGCACAGCAUAUUAGUGAUCCUUAUGCCAUGUUCGCGGAGCCGAUAAGGUUGGACAUGAUCGAUGAGGAGAUAAUCGGAGGAACUACCAGUGGAGGAAAUUCUAAGGCAUCUUCUGCGCCGAAGACCAAAGCCGACCGGGACACUUGGUCGAUCUUCCGCUGGAUGAAGGUCGCCAACCGCGCGAGUCGGGGAACUACAACAAAUCGAGAAGCCGCGGCAGUAGAAAUCAUACCGCAGAACAACAAGAAGAACACGUUUCUCCACCCUGGCGUCCCGAAGUUGAACUGGAGCAGUCCUGAUAAUAUCUUCUCCCGAGAUUUGAGGACCGCGAUGAAACAGUCUCUCUUCGGACCGUUAUUCGCCCGGCCGACCAGCAGCCAAACCGCUGGUGGGGACGAGAGUGAUAGCACCGGAGGUGGUGCGGGGGCAGCUGAUGGUGCAACGGGUCGUACUGCUGGCACUGAGAACAAGAAUUCCUCUUCCUCCUCCAGUGGAACCGACUCGUCGACCGAAGGGGCGCUCAGCAGCGCGGACGAGGUGCAGAACAGGACUAGAAAAGCAAAUCCAAACACAGGCACAGCAAAUACUGCUGGAGGUGCAGCCACUAGUACAACGACACGUGGCGCAGCCGCCAUGACCGUGGAGCAGCAAUCCUCGGCGAAACUUCUCGAGCACGAGCACCCGAUAUGCAUUGCAAAUAUGUCUAGGUCUGGAAGGAUGCAGCGAACUUGUAGUGCGCAUUUCGCAACACAGACAAAUCUCUCAUGCAUAGGCAGCAAGAGAAAAAUUUGCCCAUUUCCUGUCACCAAAAUGGGGGAUUUGUCAUGCGGAUUAAGCAAUGCGGAAGCUUCUCGAAAUCUGUGAUGCUAGGGCUUCCAUGACAGACGUUUUGUGUCAUGCCAAAACAGCAUGACAAAAAUCUGCAUUCUUCCAGACCCAGACACAUUUGCAUUUGAUACCCGAGCUUGCGGCACCACCAUCGGGAGCACAGUUUAAUUCCGGAGAUGAGCUACUUGGACCUGCAAAAAGCCACGUUCGACGAGUUUGCGAGUUACUUACAAGACCGCCAGCAACGGUUACGGAAACUACGGCACUUGCAAUUACGCAGACGCGGACCUUUACCGAAACGGCACUUCGUUACGCGCGACAAGACGCCCGCGCCGGAGUCGGAGCUGGGGAAGUUAUAUCAGCGCGAGUACAUCAAGGCCAAAGCGGCCGGGGAGGGCUUUCACACGCCGGGGUUAGCCGCGGUCCGGUCAAGGAUGCGCCGAGACUUCUUGCGGAUCGCGGUGCACGACCCGUCCGCCCCGGGGGAAAAACAAGCCAUGAUCCAGGACCAGAUGAGGGAAGACGCGAAGAGGAAAGCGACAUUGGCGACGUCUGGGGCGAACAACGGGGCGAUGCAAAGAUCCGCCGCGAUAGGUGGGAGUAGUGGUUCUACUUCCGGAGCAGGAGUGAAUGGCCUCAGCAGUCCCGAACGCGCGAUUUCCCCGGAAAUUUCCGGCACCAGUCCGAUCGAAGAGGUCGCCGGAGAAUUGGAUGAGUCCGGUGAAAAGACCACGACGUUGCAAGUGGAAGCGCCGGCUCCCUCGCCUACAGCUAGUGCGACAGCUGCAGGAGGGGUAGGGGAGCAAGGUGCUGGUAGUCCGACAGGUGCUGCUGCCGCUUCUCCCCCCGCCGCUCCGAUCUCGACGAACAAGGCGGAGCAGAUGGUGUUGAAGAUGAUUGCGGAGACAGGGAAACCGCCGACCCGGAUCAUGCUUCUAAUGAACGCGGAGAAGGAGGCCCGCGCGAUCGCGGCGCGAAGGGAGCAGUUGUUUUUGAACCAGCAAAGGAAGAACCGGAAAAAGAUGCAGUCGAACGACGUGGCACUCGACUGGUACGACUACGUGAGUAAUACGAAUAGAUCCCCCUCCGUGUUACUGCGGAAGCCGGGGUAUCACGUCGCCAUGCACGACCCGAAUGGGCUGGUGUUUCAGGAGUUCGAGAAGCAGAAGGACAGCUUCGAGAAAACGAGAGAACACUUGAGAAGAGCGUUAUUGCAAAGAUCAGACCCGGAGAAGCGGAAGUUCGCGAAGAACGCGCUGGAAUCGGUCAUUCCAGUCGAUUUAGGGCCGCAAGAAUUACAGCAGGUGUUAUUCGCCCAGAGAAGGAGCUUCGCGGCGUUCGAGCGCAGGGCGUUGAAGCUGAAGAAAGAUUUGGGUAGGCAGACGUUUGAGUUGAACAGGAUCAAAAAGCGGCUCGCCAAGUGCACGAACCCGUUCGAUGACGACGGCGACGAGAAUGAGGAGCAGCAACAGGACAAUGUGAACAACAUCAUCGACCAAGUCGCCGUGAUGAAUCCGAAAACCGGUCUGCGGCAGGAAUUGAUCGAUCCGAACACCUAUCAAAUGCAAAAAUGUCUGGGUCUGGAAACUUGUAAUGCUGCGUUGGGAAUAGUGAAUGCUCUGUAAUGCACAGGCAAGCAUGAGAAACAUCCGCGCCUUUUUGUGUUGCGUUUUUCGCAUGACAAACUGCGUUUUUGCAUGACAGGCAAAAGGGUCUGCUCUUCUUGGACGCGCAUCACAAACUUUUUGGUCAUGCCAGACAAGCAUGACAAAUCUCAAAAUCUUCCAGACCCAGACAUUUUUGCAUUCGAUAACACCACUGCGGACGACGCGGCGUUUAAGGAGGAGAUGAACAACUAUGCAUUGCAAAAGCAUCGUACUAGUAUAAAUCGCAAUACAAAUUUUCUCAGAAGGAGAAAUGGAGUUUGUAAUGCUGAUUUGGCUAAGAAACAAGAUUUGUCAUGCAUGAUUGCAAUUAGUACGAGUACGAUACUUUUGCAGAGCAUAACAACACAGGGAGCACCACGCAGAACAAAACCCAAACCAUCUACGAGCAGUUCCGCGCAAACUUCUACGCGGGUGAGUGGGGAGAAUCGAUUAAAAAAGUGAAGGAAAUUUCCGCGAAGAAGCUGGAGCACGUGGAACUGGAUUGGAAGACGCAGCAGGUCAAGGAGCUCGCGGCGAAAAUGAAGGUGCCGCGUUGGACCAUGAUGAAUUUGUGGGAUAUGUUCGAACAGGUGGACGAGGACGGCAGUGGGGAAAUCGAAAUCGAGGAGUUCGACAAGAUGCUGAGAAGGAUUUACAGAGAUCCACAUUUGGACCCACAAGUCCCGGAAAAAUUGUUCCGCAAUUUCGCGCCGUUGGGCACCAUGAGCGUCGUGGAUUUCUUCUCCUUCGCGAAAUUCAAUGGGCUGCUGGGAAAGAAAGCGAUACGGUGACGAAAUUAUCGGGGAGAUGCAACUGUAGAUCUAUCGUCGUGAGCGAUGGAAUUUGUAAAAUGCAAUUUGAAGUUUGUUUCGUUUGAAGACACAUUCUAUUUUGACAGGCUUUUUUUCAUUGAUUCUGACUCUGACAACAUACACUUUUUCGGUUUUGUUUUUAUUUUGACAUACAAGAACGUCAAUUCAUUGACGUUAUCUUUGCCACGUAUAAACCGUUUUUGACAACCAACAUGGUAAUUCGCAUGACAGACAUAAGUAACAUGAGCCUGACCCUGACCGAUUGAAUUUGCAGGCACGAAAGUCCAUAGUACAUUUCUUCAUAUGCUCAGUUUUAUAGACAUUUUAGACAAGACUUCAGCAUUCCAUGCUCAUGCUCUCACCAAGACUUUUUAUACGUUUAGACAUUUGAUUUGAAAGCGCUUUCGGACUACAAAUUCUCUUAAACCUGAAAAAUUGCCUUGCACGAUUUUUUUUUCGAACUUUACACAGAGAUAACUCUUAUUAACCAAGUUUUAAGAAUCAAAAACAUUCUGAUUUACCACCAGCUUCUUUCCAAUAAAUAAGCAUCUUGCUACCCGCAAACUUCCCGUGGAAGACAUAACGUAACCCGUUGGGAUUACCUCCAGAAUCGUCAUGACAAUUAUUCCCAAUUACGCCCACAAAGAAAGUAAUGCAAAACCCUAGCCGCGUCAGGGUAGCUGACGCUUAAAUCAGCUGACGAGGUCGACGAGGCUGGCUGCAUGGCAUGCUCCCAC